AUGAGCGAGGGCGAUGCCUACGAGGAUUUUAUGAUGUCUGAGGACGAGGAGAUGCACUACGCUGAGAUGGAGGAGGACAGCGACGAGAUGGGCGUAUACGAGGAAGAGACCAGCCAGGGAGCAGAGGAAGAGGUGCCACUCGAUCCGUCCAGUAGCAUCGUCGAGGGCCGCUAUUACCGAGCCAAGGGUCUCAAGGAGAACAGCAAAUUUCGCGAGGCAAUUGAGGCCUUGGAAGGGGUCGCCACGAGCAGCGAGCCCCUAUGGGCGUUCCGGGCCCUGAAGCAAAUCGCCAAGUGCUGGAAUUUCAAGGGCGCGCAGGCGAGCGAGGGCUACCAGGACGGCGUACGAACCGCGCUUGUACGGCUUUUGGAGCACGGACUGCGCUGGCGCCAGAAAUUGGGCGCGGCCUACGUGGAGCGCUCUCUUAUUUCCACCCUGCGCAUGCUGGUACCUGCAAACAGCCAAAAUUUUGUGUUCGAUGAGGCGCACGAGAUCUGCCUUCCAACAAUCGAGUUCCAUCUGCGUCUCCUGGACGCAGUCGCACCCCUGCCCGGGGACUUCAAAGACCUGUGCACCCUGCACAUGCAGCUCCGCCUCGAGAACCUCAUUUGGCGCGAGCGCCUGCGCGGCGCUGACUGUACAGCCAUACUGUCGGAGGCACCGGCCCCUCAGCUGACGGCCGAGACGCUCCUGCUACUGCUACAAUGCCACAUCUGCCGCUUUCUGCGACUGUGCCAGCCCCCCGCGCAGCAGUUCGCAGAGCUCGUCUCAGAGCUGCAGGACCGGGCCGAGCGCUCGCUCGCGCUGGCGCAGCAGCCGCACGCCAUGGUCCUGCUGGCGUUUGCUCAAUGCAUGCGCGGCAUGCAGCAGCAGCCGCAGCCGCACAGCGCCCUGCGGACGCACUUCUCGGCGUGCCUCCAGGGCCUCGAGGAAAUCGGCAGUAACAGCAGCUUCUUUCGCGACCUCAACCUCUGCGGCUUCGUGCUCGCCGACGCCCUUGCAUACAGCGCCGGCCGCUGCAGCCACCGCGUCGAUCCGUUCGCGCUCGAGCAGAUCCGCAUCCUGCGCGAGACGCCGAUCGUGCACAACCUUCAGCUACUCUAUGAAAGCUACGUCGCGCUCGACCUCCCGUCGUUCGCACGCGCCCUGGACCUGCUCGCACCAUUCCGCAGUGCCCUCGCGCCGCUCUUCGCGCGCCUAUGCGCGCUGGCCCGCGAGCGCAAGCUCUGGGACGCGAUCGCCCCGCUCCACUCGUGCAUCGCGCUUGCCGACAUCCAGCGCCUCUUGUGCAUCGGCUCGAGCAGCCUGUCGCGCGACAGCCUGCUCACGCUCAUGAUGCAGGGCGUCAUGGCCUCUUCUGCACGUGUGCCCUUCCGUCUGGACCUCACGCGCGACUAUGUAUACUUCGGCGACGAGCCCCGCGUGCAGCUGCGCGCGCCCGCCGCGCGCCCAGGCCUCCGUCACUGCGCCCACGACCUCGGCCUCACCAGCGCCUGCGCGCGGCCCUUCCAGGGGUCAUCUGCCCUGCAGCUCAUGGACUGCCUGAGCGAGCACCGCAACCGCGCUGCCUCAGCCGCCGCCGACCCCGCAGAUGCCGUGUGCCGCGCGCGCCAGCCGCUAGCCGCCUACCGUACUCUGGCCGCUCUGAUCCUCGACGAAUAG